ACCAUAGUGAAGUGCGUGCUAUACAUACGUUGAGGAUUUACAUGAGUGCUUCAAUAUGAGAUAACUGGAUACAAUCCCCAUGUGCACGUUGGAGCAAGAUGGUGAGAGAGACUCGGCAUCUCUGGGUAGGAAAUUUACCCGAGAACAUAAGCGAAGAGCGGAUUAAGGAACAUUUCAAACGUUAUGGCCCCGUGCAGAGUGUUAAGGUGCUGGCGGGGGGCGGAGUGGGCGGCGAGGAAGGGAGUGCAGGUAUAUGCGCCACCGUGGCCUUCGUGGAUAUCUGCUCGGCAGCUAAGGCCCAUAAAGCUGAUAAUCGGUUGGAGGACCGCUGCCUCAAGACUACUUACCACGAGGCCUCCCUGAGUGCCCUCUCCUCGCCUCAAUACACCCCACCCAUUCACCUACAUAGGGAACCUCCCUCCCACCAGUACACGCCCACGCCACCACCUGCGCCCAAUUCUAACAACCCUGCCCUAGCCGCCCGCAGUCCCAGAUUCUCUGGGUUGUCUGAGGACCACAGUGGGUAUGAACGCUCUAGUCAUUUUUACGAAGGUAGACGAGAUGAAAGUUUAGGCUAUAAUGGACCUGGAGUUGGGCCUCCAGGAAUGCGUCGUGUUUACCCAAAUGAUCGUGAUCAAGACUUCACUAGUAGAGGUCGGUUACGAUUAUAUUCAAGGGGGCCCUAUAGUAGUGGACGACCAGACCAGGGAGACUAUCGUUGGGGAAACACCCAGUAUCGGUAUCCACACCAGGACCCUUAUGUUGAAGAAAAGGUGGUGGUACGGAGAGGGGUUGUGCCACCUGCCCCCUCUUCUCCUCCCCUCCAACGCUCUGCUGCUCCUCGGCCCUCAAGAAUACCUGCUGGCAGUGGUAAUAUGGGCAAGAGGCGACACGCCAGUAGAUCUGGUUCGGAAUCCCGGUCGUCAAGUAGAAGCAGCAGUAGCAGCAGCAGCAGCAGCAGUAGUAGCCGCUCUACCUCCAGCAGUUCACGGACGCCAUCUCCUGGAAGAGUGACUGCUGCAGGUAUUUCAAGCACAGGAUUGUUAACUACUGUUGGGGGUCUUGGUUCCCCACAGGAAGAAAAGAGACCAGUAGCCAUUUGUGUUAGAAAUUUACCACCAUGGUCAACUGAAACUUCUUUACGGGAAGGGUUAUUCCAUGACUACAAGAAACAUGGGAAGGUAAUGGCUGUGCGCUUGCUGGGCUCUGGCAAUGACCGCUUUGCUGUUGUCUGCUUUAAGAAGCCAGAAGAUGCCGAAAAAGCUCUUGAUGCCUCACGUGAAAAGCUUUUUUUUGGUGUAAAGAUUCAGGUGGCACCACAUGAGGGUGUUGAACUGGAUGAGAGUGAAUGUAGAGCAUAUGAUGUAGAAGUUGAUGAGUAUCACCCAAGGGCCACUCGAACCUUGUUCAUUGGAAACCUCGAAAAAGAUGUGACCAUAGAAGAUCUUAAGAAGCAUUUUGAGCAGUUUGGUGACAUCAUUGAAAUUGACAUAAAAAAGCAGAGUGUGUCAACCUUUGCAUUCUGCCAGUAUUCUGAUAUUAGGUCAGUGGUGAGAGCAAUGAGGCAGAUGGAUGGGGAACACCUAGGGGCCAACAGAAUUAAAUUGGGAUUUGGAAAGUCUAUGCCAACCCGGUGUGUUUGGAUUGAUGGUGUGCCAGAAAAUCUUUCUGAACAACAACUCUAUGAGCAGUUCUCACGUUUUGGGCCUGUGGCACAUACCAUAAUUGAUAGAGAAAAAGGACAUGCAUUAAUAUUUUAUGAAGCUGAAAAAUGUGCAUCAAAUGCAGUCAUAGAGAUGCGUGGUAGAGUUCUCAAUGGCAGAAAAAUUCAAAUUGACUUUGCUUCAAGAGAGUGCCAGGUUGCUUUUUUUGACCACCUUUCUAAGCAAGGCCACCCACUUCCAGCAGAAAGACCAUGGGAAAGAAGAGAAUUGGAUAAAGAACCUGGGCGGUAUGAGGGAACAGCCAACAGAUAUAACAGCAGAUAUGAACGUGCCAGGAGAGAAAGUGCUGCUUUUCCUGCAAGACCAGCAACCAAUAAUCGCACUUCCACUUACAACUCCUCUGGUAACCGAAGUAGAGGGAGAUAUGAUAAUUAUGAUGAAUUUGCACCUGGGCGAAGCUAUGAUGAAUACAGUCAAGGCAGUGGAGCUUCAUAUGAAGAUUCAUAUGAGCGAGAGCUCCGCGAGUAUGCUGGGAGUCAACGGUAUGGAGAUGGGGUUGGCACUGCUGCAAAUAAUGCAACUGCUGCAGGCAGCUGUCGCCGUCAUAGUUUCAGCCCUGCUCGCCGGCGGGAGGAUCGUUCACCAGGAUCACAACGGGCACACUCUAGAGACAGGAGCAGUUUAAGCCCUUCUGCAAGAACUCAGUAUGAGGAAAAUGAAACUGGAGUUCGCCGUACUGCACGAAGGUCAACCAGUGAUCAUGACAGUUUUCACAGUCAGUCUCCUCCUGGUUCUCGUGCUGCCUCUCCCCCUCCACCACCAAGGCCAGCAAAAUCUGGGUCUGGAUCAUCUCGUCUAGCUCCUCCUCCUAGAUCACCAGGAACUCCAGUUGCUGCUUCACCAUCCAGAGAAGUAACCCUCCUAGAUGAUCGUUCCCUUCCAGCCCCUGGUGACUACAGGAGACGUACCAGUGACCUGAAAGACCUUGUUGUGAGAGUCAGUGAUGUAAGGCGACCACCACCAGCCCCUCCAGAAUCACCUCAUCGCACAGGGUCUCACAGAAUACAUCGUUCUUCACACACAGAAGAUGGAGAAGAUGUAGUGAGUAGCAGUAGUGGGGGAGGUGGUGGACCACAAGACCCAAGACUAAUGCACAGACGAGGUGCUGAUGAUCCACCAUCAUCUGGGGAUGAGCGUCCUCCAGACCCUGAACGCCCCCACAAGAAGGCGCGUUACAGUGAGGCUAACUACGAAAAACCUACCAGUGUAAAAAGAAUGGCAGACAGCAGUGAUGCUGUUCCAAACUUCAGAAGGCCUCAUGUUACACGAAGGGAUGGAAGAUUGCUCAGGAGGAGUGGAGACCCAUUACCACCUCCAUCUCGUCAUUCUGAAGAAGGGCUCCAUGAUCCACGCUACCGCAGAGCAUCUUUGCCUGACUCUGAUGAUAUACACUGGCGCCGUGAUGCCGUUCAUGUGUCUUCCUCGUGUGAUGCAGCUGCUGAUCACAGUGAUGCCAGCCCUCCAGGCACGCCUGUUCGUGAUGAGAGGGAUGACUCCACAGAACCUCCACGUCACACCAUGCAUCACCAUCACCAUCACCACAAUCAUCACCAUCACCAUCACCGAGAACGGUAUCAAAGUGUACCACUGUCUUUACCAUUGCCAAGGUUUGCACAACAAGUCCGUGCUCAUCUUUCACCGCGUGCAGCAUCAACAUCGCCAAAAGGUGCAAACAUGUUGCGUUCACCUCCCUUUAGUGGAGGGAAUAAUGCAGUUCGAAGUGAUGUUCGUGAAGUGGGUGGUGUUGUUCUGGACACUCCGAUGUCACCAGGACCAAGAGACAGUCCCUCAGACUCGGAGGAAUCUCCACAUUCUCCGUGUAGCCCCUCUGUAGAUCUUGAGCAGAGAAUUCGUGCUUUAGAUGAGAAAUAUGAAAAAUGGUCUGGGUCUUCAAGGGUUGUGGGGAACAAUUUAUCAGCACCUGUAAAUGAAGCUGUAAAUGACAGUGGAAGUAGUUCAGGUGGUAGUGUUGGGAAAAAUGCAAGAUUGCCACGUAUACUUGAUCUUGAUGAGUUGCGGUCACAGCCGUCCGAUAUUGUGAAGUCCCUGCUCUCAAAGAGAUCAGUCUUUGAUGAGGACAGCAAGCGGUUGGAAAAUGUUGGUGAUAAAUAUGAACCUAAACCCUUCACUGCAACCCCACGCACCAGUAGGGUUGGAAGUCUGUUACCAAGCCCACCUGUUGUGAGUGUGCAGGUUCCUCGCCUGCCUACCACCCCACCAGCAGUGCCCUCUGCAACACCUAUAAGUAGCCUGCCAGGUGUCAGACUUUCCAGUCAACAAUCUCAACAACCUCUUACUUCAAGUCCUUCUCAAGUUCCUAGGGUGUGUGUUUCUGUGCCGCAGGUCAGUAAAUCUCAGGGAUUGUCACCGUUGCAUAGACCUGCGGUUUCUCAGGCAGUAAGACCACCUGCCUCAAGCCCUGGCUUUAGCCCCGGUGUCAGCCCUGGAGUAAGUCCUGCCCAUCCACCGCACUUAUCUCCGGUUACGCCUGUAAGUCCUGCACCACCCCUCACCACCACCUCUUCCAUUGCCACCACCACAAGUACUACCUCAGCUGCCACUCCUCUUAGACGUACCUCUGUACCACCACGCACAGUGCGUUUAGAGUUACCAGUCAGCACAGGCAAUGAAGGUGAGGAGUUAGGGGAUGGCAGUUCAAGUGGAGUAGUUACUGUUGUUGCUGAUACUCGUGUUACAGGUGUAGUGUCAGUCACACAGACAGUCUCCUGCAGCAAGUCUGUAUUAACAACCACUACCAGCCUCUUACAACCGGUGCCCAGUGCUGUUUCACGGUCACUUUCAGGAGAUUCUGCUCCUUACAAUGUACCUGAGAGGAGUGGCAGUCAUGCACUCCCACUGUUAGUAAAGGAAGAGCCUUGUGUGGAAGAGACUGUGGAUCCUAUUAUACAGAGAAUUAAGAGUGGAGAACCCAGAUUAGAUGAAGCUAAAGCCAAAGAUUGUACUAGGGAAGAUAGUGAUAAUAUGGACACUAUUGAAUUGCUUGCAACAGAUCAGGUUAAAGCACAGGUACCUAACUUUAAAACAGAGUCUGUGAAGGUAGAGACAGUGAAGACUGAAACAGUGAAGUUAGAACCAUUAAAAUCUGAGACUAUAAAGUUGGAACCUAUUAAGGUUGAAAAUGUGAAGGUGGAGGUGAUAAAGGGUGAGCCAGUGAAUAAGGACAUAACUAAUAACCACAAACGAAGACAUAGCAGUGUUGAUGCAGAAACUCGAAAUAAGUUAGACUGCAAAGGUGUUGAGCCUGAUGCUAAACGUGUCAAGUAUGAAGGUGAGGAUGAAAAAGUCUUACGUGAGAAAAUCACCAAAGAUAGGAGAGAUUCUCGGGAUGCAAGGGAUGGCAAAAAGAGUGAAAGAGAAAAGAGAAACAGAAGUGGUAGAAGGGAAGAAGUGAGGGAAGGGCAUGAUGAAAAGUUGAACAAUCGCACAUUUGAUGGAUCAGAAACCAAGCAAAAGAGAAAGACUCAUGAAAAUAGAUCAGAAGAAAGAAAAGAGGAAAGCCACAAGAAAGAAGAAAAGAAGGACAGGCGGAAAGAAAAGUACGAAGAAAGACCUCCAGAAAAAAUUCCACGGGAAAAGUUUCAUGACAUCAAGGUGGAUACAAGGAGUUCAGAAAAGGUCAGUGAUAGGAGAACUGAUGAAAGAAAAGAAGAAAGAAGGGAUGACAAGAAGGAGGAAAAGAAAGAGGAAAAACGUGAAGAGAAGAAAGAAGAAAAAUAUGAUGAGAAGAAAGAAGAGAGAAAAGAAGAUAAGAAGGAAGAAAGGAAAGAAAAUAUCCGUGAGGAAAGAAUCAAGAGUGAAGGUGGAAAGGGAAGACAUGGUGAAGACAAAAGAGUUGAAGCAAGGGACCAGAAACAUAAAGAAAGAAAGGAAAAAUCAAAGGACAAAGAGCGUCUUAAAAGUUCCACAUUCUCCAGGCAUGACAAGGAGGUGGACAGAGAAAGAACUAAAGAUAAAGAGAGAGACAAAGAAAAAGAACGGGAAAAAGAAAAGGUGACUGAGAAAGACAAAGAUAAGAAUGUGGACAGGGAGAGGGAAAAAACUGUUGAGAGAGAGAGAGAAAAGAUCAUGGAAAAGGAAAGAGAGAGAGUCUCUGAGAAGGAAAGAGAAAAGGUAUUAGAAAAGGAGAGGGAAAAAGCAUUAGAAAAAGAGAAAGAGAAGAUGGCUGAAAAAGAAAGAGAAAGAGCUCUGGAAAAAGAAAGAGAAAAGGCUGUGGAAAAGGAGAAAGAGAGAGCCUUAGAAAAGGAGAGAGAAAGAGCUCUUGAGAAAGAGAGGGAAAAGGCUUUGGAGAAGGAAAGAGAAAGAGAAAAAGCAGCAGAAAGGGAAAGGGAGAAGGCUAUAGAAAGGGAGAGGGAAAAGGCAUUAGAAAGAGAACGGGAGAAAGCUUUGGAAAGAGAACGGGAAAAGGCUCUUGAAAGAGAGAGAGAAAAGGCCUUAGAAAGAGAGAGAGAAAGAGAGAAGAUCUUGGAAAAGGAGCGAGAAAAAGAGAGAGAGAAGACCAUAGAAAAAGAAAGGGAAAAAGCCCUAGAAAAGGAGAGAGAAAGAAAUCUGGAAAAAGAGAAGGAAAAGGCUCUAGAGAAGGAGAGAGAAAAGAUGUUAGAAAAAGAAAAAGCUCUUGAAAAAGAAAAGGAAAAAUCAGCAGAAAAGGACAGAGAAAAAGUGUUGGAGAAAGAGCGGGAAAGGGAGAAGGACAGAGACAAAGUUAGACUAAAUGAUCGAUCGCGAGAGCGGGAAAAGGAACGCAGUGGACGCAUGAAUCACAGGGAUACCAAUGAAAGAAUCGACAACAAGCGUGAUGGGCGGCACAACAGUGAACAUCGUCAUAUGGACAAAAGAAAAGAUUUGAGACAUGAAACUUCAAGCAGACACCACCACAGAGCAUAUGAUGCUUCAGAGACCAUUGACAUGAAGCAUAAGUCCCGUAAGUCCCGGCCACUGGACACUGAUGAGGAAGAAGUUACAGAAUCGAACAAACUGGCUUCUGCUCACUAUUCUAGUAGUGAAGACACAACAGUAACUAAUCAUGAUGUUGUGUUACCACAAAUGGAUGAAUCAGUUCAUCGUUUGGAUAAGUCAGAUUCCCGAGGAGAGCUUGACGAGAGGAGGUCACGUGACAACAGAAGAAGAAAACAUGACUCGGGCAAAAGUGACAAGAGUGAUGGAGAAACAAAAUUAAAGGUGUCAUCGAGCCGCAACAAAACUGUUCCAUCACAACCGGCAAAGAUCAAAGUUCGUACAGAUUCCGUUGAACCAGAUACACAAAUUAGUGAUAUAGCAACCUCAGAAGAUGAAGUAACAAGGCAUAAAGGUGAAAAUAUGUCCAGAAGAAAUAGUACAAGUAGUAAACUUCCCCAACAGCAAAUAAGACCAGGACUUACAUCUGGUAUGAAAAACAAACAUAAUGUAAAACCAAAAUCCAUAUUUGACCCUGAGAGUGAUACUGCAGACAGCCUGACUGGCUCAGGUGGUGAAGUGGAAGAGGGAGAAGAGGUUGUUCCUAAAAAGCAUUCAAUAUUUGACAUUCCUGCUGAUGAUGGUAUGUUUGACAUGUAUGACAAGGUUAAAGCAAGGCGGAUGCCUCAUAGCCCAAGAGUUGUUGCACCACCAUCUGGGUCAGUUUGUAACUCAACCCAUUCACCACAUAGUCCUCCUGAUGCUAUCUCUAUGAAAAGUCCAUCCACACGAACUCUAUCAUGUGAUUCACAAGAUUCUGUUGGAUCACGUGACAGUAAAGAAUUAUUAGAGAUUAAGGACAGCAGAAGCCCUCAUCCUCUAUCUACCCUUCCUCCAGAUGCAGCAGAAUCUGCUGUGCAGAGUCUUGCAUCUCAUGUCCCUCCAUCAUCUCCUGCAGGACAUGAACCCAUAUUUGAAGAUAUUACAGAAGCCUCUAAUCUUAGUGCUCCUGAAAAUUCUGUAGAUGUCACUGCUGGAAAUAAUGGGAAUGGCAGUGCUAAAGCUUCAAGAGCAGUUAUUUCUCAGGAGGAAACUUUGAAUGCUGUUGCUGGACUUCUUGCUUGUUAUGAUGACUACAGUGAAGAUGCCAGUGUACAGCCCACUGAUGAGGAAACAUUGAUGCCACCAGAUGCUUCUGUGGCUGCAGAAGAUGCAUUUGAAGAAGCACAGAAAGCAGCACAGAUGUUACAGUGUGAGAUGCCAGGAGAAAGAGAUGACACAUGGCCCCAGCAGACUCCCCAUAGUACACCUACAGCUUCAACAAAGGUUUCUGGGGAAAGUGAAACUCAACCUGUACCAACACAAGAAGAGGAAGAGGAGGAGGAACCAGAUAAUGUUGAGUCAAGAUUUCCUCAAGCACCCCCUGACAGUCCAGCAUCAAUGCAGUCAGAGCCAGAACUACAAAUUGAUGAAGACCAACCAGAUCCAGUGGAUGAUAUGGAAGGUCCACCUGCCCCUCCAGAACAGAAAGAAUCAUGUCCAUCAAGCCAUGAUACUGCAUGGACAGAUUCAGUGGAUAAGACUAGUAAACCACGGGAAACAUCUACUAAAUUGAUAACCGAUAGUGAUGAUCACAAAGAAUCUGUAUUCAAACAGGAAGAAAAAGAGAUACAAGAAAGAAAGGAAGAAAUUAAAGAUCCUAUGCAGGCCAGUGAUGAGAAGGUCAAGUUCAUAUUUGAUGAAGAAAAAGAUAGCUUACCUCAUGAGACAGUAACGGAAUCAAAUCAGUCUCAAGCUAUAGUUAAAGAUGGUCCCAAAACACCGGAAUCCAUAAAAUCGCCAGCACCACACAGGGGGUGUCUUGAUUCCACUAGUGAAAUGACUGAAACCCUUCAAAAAUCCUCAGAUGUGUCAUUAAGUCCCCUUACAACUUCAACAAAUUCAGAAUCUGUUCAGUCCAAGUCAAAGAGACCAAAGAGUCCUGUGAGUGUGCAACCUAAUACUGAAGCAGAUAAGUUGGAUGUCUGUACUUCUAAAACAAUCCAGCCUGAUAUGAUUACUCCAGCAAGUACCAUUCCAUCAACCUCAGUACUACACUCUUCAAAUGUACCAAGUACUUUGCAAAGCAUCUCAACUGCAGCACCAACCUCUGCUACAGCUACUACCCCUUCAUCUGUGGCUGUACCAACAACAUUACAUUCUCCAGUUUCCUCAGGUCCUAUGCAACCUUUGACACCAAGAACUACUACAGUAUCUAGCCCCUCAUCAGUUGCUACAACAACAACUGAUUCUAAACCUAGACCAGCAUGUACAAUAGUGCCCACUACAAUUGUACCUUCUACAGUUGUUUCUCUAAGCUCUGCUUCAAGUACCUCUACAACAUCAACAGUAGUGUCUUCAAAAAUAUCACCUACCAUUCCUACCACGGCUACAAGUACUGUUUCCACUGCUGUCUUUACUCAGAAAUUGCAAAAACCUGUAGGACCCAUUCCUACUACAACAUUAAUAUCAAGUGCCACUGUGGCUCCAGUAUCCACAAUUACAACAGCAAAUGCAGUAAUUGGUCCACUUCCUGUGAAGACAACAGUUGCAGUACCUACAAACAUAAUGGCAGCAAAUCCUGUGAAGGUUCCUUCUUCAGAAACAAUCUCCAGUCUAGAAACUUUGCCAAAACCAACAUCGACAGUUUCAUCAAUCCCAUUAGUUGCAUCUGUUCGUAUUGCUAAAACAAGAUCCAGGGUUCCUCAGGAACCUGCUUUUGUACCAGAGCAGCCUUUAGUAUUAGUCUCCACUGCAACAUCUAAUUCAGACCCAGUUCCAUCUUCAGGAUCCACAUCAGUGCCCACCUCAACAACUUUGUCAAGUACUUCACUGUACUCUAGUCCAUCUGCAGGCUCCACACCUACAUCAUUGCCUACUUCAGCACCAGUACCAAUGAAAACACUGAUAUCGGCUAAAACAAUUCCAACAACAAGUACAUUUACUCUGGCACCAGUAUCCACUGUAUCUACCUUGUCAGUGUCGGAACCAUCAACUCUGAUAAAAGCUGUUUCAGAGUCUUUUUCAACUGCAACAUCAGCACCCAGUUAUUCGGAUGCUUCACCAUCUCUAGCAACUACUACAUCAUUAUCCUCUUCUGAUUCCAAUACACUAGUAACCACUGUGAUUACUUGUAGUUCACCAAGUGUUCUGUCAACUGCAACAGCAACCAUGUUCUCUACAGCAUUGUCUCCAACUGUAUCAUCUGUCAUCUCAACAGCACCCAGUUUAAGUUUGUUACCUAGUCCACAAACGGUUAGCUCAUCCCAACCAAGUACUUCAAAUACAAAGACCAGUACUCUUCCUUCUCCUACUUCUGUACCUGUGCCCAUAUCAGGACCUGUUCCAACUUCUGUUCCUAUUCCUGCUGCUGAACCAAGAACUGCAACAGAACCAAUAGAGAUCAUAGAUACAAAACUGGACAUAGAUAAAACUAUCAAGGAGGAAAAUUCCUCUGGAACAUGGAAGGCUUUGUCAAUAAUGCAUAAUGAUUCUUCAUCCCUAAAAUCUACUGUCCUUUCAGAAAAUGAUGUUGAUGCAGAAUGUAAACCUGAUAUUAAAAAUCUGAAUGUUAAAAUAGAACCAGCAAUGACAGUUGGUGAUCUUUCACACAAACACAAGCAAAGACCAGAAGUAAUUUCUGCAGUUGAUAGAAUAGCAACAGCAGAAGCAGUCAAAAUUGAAACUGGGAAGAAUAAUCCAGUGGCAGUUGAACAUGUUUUAGCAAAUCUUCAGACCAUUGUCAGUGAAACAGCUACACAACCUGACUUAGAGAAUGCUUCCCAGCCAGAUAAAGAAGAAGCCUCUUUGCCACAACAGCCAGUCCUUAUUUCACAGCCAUCCUCCACUAAGGACUCUGGCUCUACACCUCCGCAACCACAGGAUGACUUGGCUAAAUUGGAGCAAGUCUGUUCAGAGAUUCAAAAUCAAGCUGAAGAGCAAAGCCUUGAUCAAAAGCCCAGUUCUGAUGAAACAACUGAAAAUAGUUCUAAAGUACAAGAACGUAAUACUGCUGCUAUCCGAGGUAGAGGACGAGGUCGUGGCAGAAGAGGUGGAAGAAGAAUGGCAGAUGUACAAGAGGAAGAUGGCUCAAGCAAUGCCACACCAGCAACACGCUCUAGUGGAGUAACACGAGGCAAGGGCCGGGGUCGAGGUCGACAAGCACGUACUAGUGAGAGUCAGCAAGAUACAGUUGUGGUUGAUUUGGCAUCAAAUGGUACAACUACAGAUAAUGCAUUGCCUGAACCCAGACGUAGUAGUCGUAUGAAACGUGCUCGAAGGCAUCCUGAUAUGGUAGAUCAUGAGGAAACAAGUGGGCGUAGACGUCGUGGCCGUGGAGGACGAGCUGCACAGGUGGAAGACAGCCGUCCAAUGCCAGCACCAACAGCAUCAGAUGUGUAUGACUUUCAUGAAUCAGAAGAUGAGGACAUUAAUUUGGGUCUCACCAAAGCUAAAGUUAAGAAGGAUGCUACAAAGCCAGCUGCUGGGAGGAGUCCAGCUAAAGCUGAGCAGGAUGAUGUUCGACCAGUGGAUAGUGAUGAAAAUCGUUCCUCAGUACCAGUAGUACCCUUAACCAGAAAAUCAAAGAGAUUGCGUGUGAAAGCUGCAGAAGAUGAACCACUGACUGUCGACAUAAAUGAAGAAGGAAGUAACAGCAAUAAUAGUAGUCAGCCUGUAAUUGUAUUAGAAAGCUCUGCACCAAUACAAACACCAUUGACAACAGUAAAUACAUUGUCAAUAGCCACAGCUCCCAUUCCCCUCACUCCUACAACACCAUCUCGAGGUCGUAGCCGUUCAAAGGCAAGAGAAGGGGAACCAGAAGAAGAUCCUUCAGUGAGAAAAAGUCCCCGUGGCCAUAACCGUGGCUUUGAUCCUCAAAUUGAAGUUGAGAAGGGUGCUUCACAGCCAACAACUUUAGUCGUCACUGGUGUAACAACCACCAUAUCAAGUCCUGUUCCGGUACCCAGCACGGCAUCAGUUGUACCACCUACUAUAGAGGAAUGCAAGUCUGAAGCAGAGUUAGUCGACCCAGUAACUGGAGUUGUAACACGAGUAAAGGUUUGUGAAGAAGGUCAAUAUGUGACAGACACAGGAGAUAGUGGUGUACCACCAGCUGCCCAUGUCCUGCCUUCAGUAAAUGUUGAUCAUCAUACUAAACCACAAAUAUCAACAUCAGUAAUUUGUUCUAGUAAUAGCACCAGUGUGAGUGUUGUGAAUACCAGUGCACAUCUUCUGGCAUCAACACUUCCAGCAGCUCAUGCCAACAUAGGGAGUCGACCAGGUGUUACAAUGACUGUUGUGAGUAGUGGUAACAUUGGAACACCACCUGUUGCAACCGGUGGCCAUCCAGGAGAUGUUAGUGUUGAGUUAGUUACUCGUCCUCGUGCUCCUCUCCAGGUACCUACUCAGGGGUCCAUUGUGUCUCCUGCUCUGGGAGGAUCUGUACCAAAUGUUAUUUCCACAAAGUGUCCUACUAUAACACCUUCCCAGGGACCACCAGUGAGCACUACAAUGCCAACAAUUGUCAACUUAGGUAGUGCUCCAAGACCUACAGUAACUACUCCAGCUUACAACACUAAACCUAAAAUAGUGCAACCACAGCAGCAAAUACAACAACAAGCACCAAUUCAGCAACAGAAGCAAUUGCCACACCUUCCACCACAGCAACCAGUGCAGCAGCCAUCACAGCCACAGCAUUUACAACAAGCUCAACCUCCUCAGCAACAACCACCACCAAAGCCUGGGCAGGUAAAGACAAUGGGUGGAGUUUCAUCACCUGGAGCAAUACCCAUUGGAAACCAUGUGCGGAAGUCAAGCAUAUCAGUUCCUGCACCAGCUUACUAUCCUUCGAAGACUUCGGUUGCUACAGCUCAAACACUGCAACGUUCUGCUGUUGUACCCAAGACUAGUACCACCUCUAGCCAACCACAACCAGCUGAACAUGUAAUAGAAGGACGAAACAUCAGUGCUGUGGCGUAUGAUGCCACACACAACAGGGUAGUUCCAACAGCAAGCAUUGAUGAAGCUGCUGGACAUCAUCGAAUAUACAUGGAUGACCAGCGCACAGUUCAUGGUGAAUUUAGAGGAGUUAACAUCCAUCCAAGGUAUCCCAAUUCUCGCUUCCUAGAGCCCCCACGUGUUGAUGUCACCCGAUUGCCUGGUUCAUCUCCAUCAACACCGUCUCCUGCUGGACGGCCUCAUGAGCCAGAGCCUUCCCAUGCGGCUUCUCACCACUCUUCCAUGCCAGGUUAUGAUGUGCAUGCUGCUGCUGCUGCUGCCCACAGUCACAAUACAAGUGCCCCCAUGCCUGCCUCCUCUGCUGCAACUGCCCCUAAAGGCGGGCUGGCUCAUUACUACCAUUCAGGAGAUGUAGGAGAGUUUCACCAGCAGCCAGUAGCCCUCCACCAUCCCCAUCACCCAUCACAGCACAAUGCUGGUGGUGGCGGUGGUGGUGCUCCCGCUGCUGCUGCUGCUGCUAGUGUUACUGGUGGUGGUGGUGGUGGAGAUCGUUAUCUUACCUCCCCCCCACUCUCCACCCCACCCUCUGCUCACACUCCCCCUCCUGCCCACCAGCACAUGCUGCAGGAGGAGAGAAAAUGAUAACACAGAUGCCACUGGACAUGAAGGUGGAGAAGGGAGAGCCCGAGAAGCUUGAAUCACACUCCACUUCAGGGACCCCAGGACCAGCUGAUUUCCCUUCAAGGCCAAGUGGAGCCCCAGCAGCAUUAGCUCCGAGGGGACAGUCUUCACCUCAUGUGUUGGCUUCUCCACACCAUGACCGGUCUACUGACUCUCCUCAGGUUGCGAUGGUAUAUAGCCGCUUUUACGAUCGAUUUUACAAUUAUUCUGGUCGAGCUGGGACUCCUGGAGCUCCAGGAACAGGUGAACAUGAAGCCAGAAGCCGAAUUUCGUCACCCUCGGGAACUCCUCAUGUAUACCCUGCCAUGGGACCAGCAGAAGUCCACCACCAACCAAUGGUACAAAUAUCAACUCCACAGUACGCUUCACAAGUUCCACCUCAGUUACAAAUGCUUAUACAGGGUACAAAUGUAACUUGGACUGGACUUCUGGGGCUGAAGCAAGAGCAUGCAGCUGUACAGAUGAUCUAUGUCUCGGGUAGCAGUGAUGUUGCACGUGGUGCCUUGCCAAUUCAUCCAGAUGGAACUACUUCUGUUAUGCGCAUUGGCCAGAGAAUGAGAUUAGAACAAACACAACUUGAAGGAGUUGCAAGGAAAAUUCAGAUGGAAGCAGAACACUGCAUGCUACUGGCUCUUCCUCAUGGCCGAGACUCCUAUGACAUUAUCCAACAGCACAAUAGUCUACGUAAUGGCAUUAUCAACUAUCUUGUUGUGAAACAGGCUGCAGGGAUUGUAAAUGUUACUGCUCCUGGCACUCAUCAGCCUGCAUUUGUGGUUCACAUAUUCCCACCUUGUGAUUUUGCGAAUGAAAACUUGGCUAGAAUAUCACCGGAUUUGUUGCAUCGAGUUGCAGAGAUCUCGUAUCUUCUGGUGGUUAUUGCAACAUGCUGAGUCUCCUUUUAAUCCCGAAGAAGGGUUGUGAUACCUGAAAUAUAAUUUUUUAUGGAAAAUGUACAGCCACUAUGUUUUAUGAGUAUUUGGAAGUGCAUUUUUAUAUCUUGAAAAGGAACCUAAUACCAGAUUUGAAAUUGGAAAUGGAAACCAAGAAACUUUUACAAGAUAGGACUGAAAGUUGUGCUAUAUGUGUAAUUUUUCUUUUUGCAUCAGACCAUUUUCUUAUUUUCAUGAAGAUUGAGACAAAAAGAACUUGAUAUUUGUAUUACUGAGUUUUAUGCAGUGAUGAAAUGACCAUUUAGAAAACUGCUGCAGAAUCUAUAUUUUUGUGAAGUGUUGAAGUGUGAAACUGAAAAGACAGUCAUAAUGAUAUGAUUUAUACUGUAUGUAUUAGAUAUUCGGAGAUUAACAAUGUAAGGAAAAGUUUAUUUAAAUCUGAAUUGAUUUUCUGUAGUUUGAGUUACCUUGGAAGCUGUAAUUCAAGAAUUAAUGUAAUAUUAUUUACUUUGUAAUUAGCAGAAAAUUGUAGAUUCUAUUAGAUUUGCACAACUACUUUAUUGCAAAUAAUGGCUUGUAUUUGUGAUGUAUGUAAAAGAAAAAUAAUUUAUUUGAUUUAAUGGCUGAUACACUGAAAUCUGAACAAUUUACAACUAAGACCAUGCUCUCUCUCUCUCUCUCUCUCUCUCAAUGGUAAAUGACGUGGAACAUUGUAAUUACCGUUUUAAUGAACAAUGUAACAGGAAUGAUAAUAAUAAUAAUAAUAAUAAUAAUAAUGUGGAAAAAGUGAUCAAAUGGCACCAUUAAACUAAUAAAAAAGGUAAAUAUUGAAGAAAUCUUGGGAUACAAUAAACUGGUUUGAUGUUGGUGUUAAACUAUGGAAAUGAUAAGCUUGCCUCACUGUCGUGUUCUGAUUGUUUGAUGUGCACAGCUUGCAACAUCUCAGUAUACCUGUAACCACUAUAUAUGACUAAGCACGCUGGAAAAGACGUAAUAUUUUGACCUGACAGCACUAGACCCUGAACAGUAGUAUGGCAUGGAAUGGCAGAAAAUCUGGUUUAUGGUGAAGUGGCCUAAAUAGGCAAUCCAUGCUACUGUUUCUGUGAGACUCUCCUAUGGACACCCCAAUUAAAGUCAUAUCUUGACUUGCCUCCACAUGAGUGAUGUAUGAGUGUUGUGUAAGUUGUGCAGACACAAUUAUUUGUGUGGCCUAACCAGCCUUGGGCCCAAUGGUGCCCAUAUGCCGCCUAUGGUGUUUAGACGAGCUGUAUAGUUGUAAAUACAAUAAUGAUUGUAGAAUAAUUCUUUUUUACUGUUCAUUUUGGUGGGUAUGUACUUAAAAAUGCUGCCACAACCACCAUUAUGAUUGGUGAUUGACACACAGCUAGAUCCAAAGCUCUGAUAUGGCUGUGUGUGCACCAAAAUGUUGUUCGUGUGUAUACACUGCAUUCAGGGUGGCUGUGUGCAGCCCAUUGUUAUUGUAUGUACAGAUCUAAGCAUGGAGUCACCCUGAUUUAUUUAUUUAUCAGUCAUCUUGUUCAUCAUCUGUUCCAUCUUCCUCAUAAAUACUCCCCCUCAUAAGUGAUGCUCUGCCUCCUUGUUUUCAUUCACAUGCACAUACACACCUGCCAGUCACAUCUUGUCUAUGUCUAGUGUGGAAGAUCUAAGAAGACAGUUUUCACUAUUACCAAUUCCUACCUUAAUCUUGUGAUGCCUGUCUCCUGGGCUCGUGAGCACAGUCCUCAGGAACCUUCUCUACUGCAACACUCUCAUUCUUAGCCAGCUAUCAACAUGUGGAUUUCUCUGUCUCACUCAUACACUUUCUCUGUUUUAAUGUGGCACGUUAAUAUGAAGGAAGUCUGUUGCUUUUGUCCCCAUUUCUUUGAUUUACAAAUUGACAUCUUUCACCACGAAUUUGCAAAGCCUUGCAGAAUCAUCUGAGCUAAACCAUCCCCCCCCCCUUUCUUUUAUACAAAGCAGCUAUUUGAUUCUUACUUGCCUGUCACACUUCAUUGAAUAAGGUGUCAAACAGAUUCUCAUAAUAUAAGAAGGCGCCUAAUGCGGAUUAGCCUGCCGCUGCUAUGGCACUCUUGGUAUAGGAUUUUAAAAGAAAAUCUGUAAGCAUUUGGUCUAGAUUUAAAAAAAGCUUACUUGGUUCUGCACUGUUUUCAGUUUCUCAGCAGAAUUCAAUCUAUUGUAUGUUUGCUCAAGAAGUUAGCGGAAUUCUAUUUUCACUUUUUAUUAAUAUUAUGUAAAAUAUGUGGCAAAUCUAUUUUUGAUGUACAGUUUGAAAAUGUGAAAAAGUGUUUAAAUGUAAGUGUACUUGUUAAGUGUUGCAUACAAGAUACGAAGUGUGUCUGAGGCGUUUGUAAAUAGGUCUAAAUAAACUUUUAGGCUGUGAUCCUCAGUUCUCUAGAAGCUUCUUUGGUCAGAAAGUUUAUUAAAAAGUCCAGUGACCAAUUUAAAUUAUUUCAAAAACCAAUAAAUAUCACAAAGAAAUUUAA